AAGCGCCCGAGUGAGCGCGCGUGCGCAAUGGGCGCCAAGGCCGCUCGCCCCUGCCGGCAGGGGCUCCGCUUGGGCGCCUGCCCUGGAGGCCGGCGGGAGUAGGGUGGUUUUGUUUUUGUUUUUGUUUUUGCUUUUGUUUGUUUUCUCGCCUUGGUUCCCGGCUCAUACAUAGUUCAGCCCCCCCCAAUGGGCCCCGGAAGCCGCCUGCUGCUGCGACGGAGCGAGGCAGUCACCGUCUCAGCUCUAUGAUGUCCGUUCUUCCGCUAGAACCUUCCCUGAGCCACUGAGGUCUGCCAACAGGGUUGCUCAUGAAAGUGUUCUUUUUGAGAAAAUUAAAAACCAGUGGAAUGGAAAGAAAAUGCUUCAGGCGUCCGGGGUUAGGCCCACCAGUGCUGUACACACUCCUGCUAGGUGUUAUAUUCAUUGCUUUAAGUUCAAGUCGCAUCUUGCUGGUAAAAUAUUCUGCCAAUGAAGAGAACAAGUAUGACUAUCUCCCUACUACUGUGAAUGUGUGCUCAGAGCUGAUGAAGCUGAUUCUCUGUAUACUUGUGUCACUCUGUGUUAUAAAGAAAGAUGAUCAUCAAAGUAGACAUUUGAGAUGUACUUCCUGGAAGGAAUUCUCAAGUUUCAUGAAGUGGUCCAUUCCUGCCUUUCUCUACUUCCUGGAUAACUUGAUUGUCUUCUAUGUCCUCUCCUAUCUUCAGCCUGCCAUGGCUGUUAUCUUCUCGAAUUUUAGCAUUAUCACAACAGCUCUUCUAUUCAGGAUAGUGCUGAAGCGGCAUCUGAACUGGAUACAGUGGGCUUCCCUCCUGAUUCUGUUUUUGUCUAUCGUCGCCCUGACUGCCAGUACCAAAACGUCACAGCAUGACUUGGCAGGACAUGGAUUUCAUCACGAUGCCUUCUUCACCCCGUCCAAUUCCUGCCUUCAUUUUAGAAGAGAAUGCUCCCAGAGAGACAAUUGUACAGCCAAGGAGUGGACUUUCACUGAAGUCAACUGGAACACCACAGCCAGAGUUUUUAGUCACAUCCGUUUGGGCUUGGGCCACAUUCUGAUUAUAGUUCAGUGUUUUAUUUCUUCAAUGGCCAAUAUCUAUAAUGAGAAGAUCCUGAAAGAGGGGGCACAGCACACCGAGAGCAUCUUCAUACAGAACAGCAAGCUUUACUUCUUUGGCAUUGUUUUUAAUGGGAUGACCCUGGUCCUUCAGAGCAGUAACCGUGAUCAGAUUCAGAACUGUGGGUUUUUUUAUGGCCACAAUACAUUUUCAGUAGCUCUUAUUUUCGUAACUGCCUUCCAGGGCCUUUCAGUGGCUUUUAUCUUGAAAUUCUUAGAUAACAUGUUCCAUGUCUUGAUGGCCCAGGUGACAACUGUCAUCAUCACAACAGUGUCCGUCCUGGUGUUUGAUUUCAGGCCCUCCCUGGAUUUUUUCCUAGAAGCCCCAACAGUUCUUCUCUCCAUAUUUAUUUAUAAUGCUAGCAAGCCUCAAAAUCUAGAAUGUGCACCUAGGCAAGAAAGGAUCCGAGAUCUAAGUGGCAGUCUUUGGGAACGUUCCAGUGGGGAUGGAGAGGAGCUGGAAAGACUUACCAAACCGAAGAGUGAUGACUCAGAUGACGACACUUUCUAAUCAGACCUGUUGGUUGACAGCUCCCACAAACAAUAUUUGAACCCUUUCAGCAUUUGUGGCAAUUGUCUUUUCUGAUAAACGGAUAAUGUCUGAAAGCAUAAUGCUCUUUACAUGUAUCUAACCACUGCAUAAACCAUCCAAGACUGAGAGCAGCCACAGGGUGGCAGAUUUCUGAGACAUGAACAUAGGGCUAUGAAUAACCGGUUAUUUGAUGAGUCAGCGGGUCACAUUUUCAGAUUGUUUUCCUCAUCCUCCAGCUUCCAGAAAUCAUGUUAACUAGACCCUACAGAUACGCUAACGGAGACAGUGUGCCCGAGAUUGGAUACCAGUCAUUGUAUCUUACUGUGCGCUGCGGUCUCCUCUCAUGUCUCUCUCUGUCUCCCUCUCCCACCCUCCCUCCCCCAUCUUGUUGUUAUAAAUAUUGUCUCGGUUGUCCCUCAGAUUUUGAUGCCUUAGCAAUAGUCAUUUUGCUUUUAUUAAAGCAAUAAGACUUAAAGUUUGGGCUGAAAAACCUAAGUAUCGGGCUGUGCCAUAGAAUUUGGAUAACAUCCUUUGUGAUGUUUUUCAAGCUAUUCUUCUGAAAUAAAAUAUCAAAUUUUGAUUUUUUUGAACUUGUGGGAAAUUUUAUUCUUAGUAAUUUUUUUAGCUUUAUUUAUGUGAACGUUGACUGCCAAGUUACCAUAGUUACCACUUGCAUUUUAAAUCACCUAAGCCAUUGUGAAUUUGUUUUUGUUUUUCUUACCCCAUCUUCCUCAGUCUGUAUAUUUACAAAAUCUUGGCAUCAUUACUGUCUAGUAAUUGAUUCAGAGUAGUUGAAUUACUCUGUUGAGAAUUAAGUUGUUUUACUUUUGAGUUAUUGAUUAAACCUUGUAACUGUUAGCUAUCUUUGUAUAAUAUCCUAUCCUAAAAGUCAAGUCCCUGGCUUUAGGAAUCCUUUAUAAGAAUCCUUUUGCAAAAACAAUAAUGACUCUUAAUGAAACAGAGGAGUGUUACUGUAAUGGAGGGCCAGUAGUCAGUAAGUCACCCCCUAACAGUAGUUCAUACUUAAAAGUGCAUGAUUUGUCUCAAGAUAUGUUUGCAUGCAGCCAGGUAAUUAAAAAGUAAGAAAACAGAGUGAUUUGUCCCAGGCCUGACAGCUGGAUGCCGAUGGAAACGAGUUUCAAGCCUAUAUGUUUACACAGCCCUACACUGUAAAUGUGAAUGGUAAGCUACCAUGCAGUUUGCACAUUCCUUCAAACUCCCAUGUAUUUAUACAUAUAAGAAGUUACUAUUAUUCAAAUCCACCUGUCUACCCAGAAUAAUAUAAUUGGCAAUACUUGCUAGAAACUUUUUAAUUAAAAUAAUUACUAAACAUA